AUGAAACUUGUGAUUGGUAAACCUGAGCCAGCUCGAUGAAAACUUCUGAAAUAACCUCGAGCCAGACCACAGAAAGAUACAGAACAAAAAAAAUUCGUGCUCAACCUACGUGUCUCAAUCCUUUCAGUUCAUUCUAUUUCUACUUACAAGAUACCCAGUAAUUCUCGACUUGGCUGAUCGCGCCCACCUCAAAUAUAUAUAUUCUUUCAUCACCUUCUCUAUCUCAAACACACUCACACACAACUGGUGAAAAUAAACAUGCAUGCUCAACAAAUUUCUUCUGUAUUAUCUAUUUGGAGUCAUCUUCUAGUUUUUUCAUUUCUUGCACACCCUUCAGCUUCUUCUCUGCAAUCUUUCGUAUAUGCUGGUUGUUCUCAGCUCAAAUACAACCCGGGUACGCCUUACGAGUCAAACGUUAACUCAAUCCUGGCAUCCCUUGUUAACUCUGCUGCCUUCUCAAACUACAACAAUUUCAAGGUUUCCCUCCCCGGCUCCGACCAAAACGACGUCGUUUACGCCCUCUUCCAGUGCCGUGGCGACAUCAGUAACUCCGACUGCCACGACUGCGUGACGUAUGCAGUGAGUCGAAUUGGGACCCUCUGUGGUGGCGCGUCGGGUGGCGCGUUGCAGCUGGAUGGGUGUUUCGUGAAGUACGAUAAUAUAUCAUUCUUGGGGGAUGAAGACAAGACUGUUGUGUUCAAGAGAUGUGGGCCGUCGAUUGGGUAUGACUCGGAGGUGUUGACUCAGAGGGAUGCCUUGCUGGCUUAUCUGACGGGUGGAGGCCAGUAUUUUCGGAUUGGUGGGUCCGGGAAAGCCCAGAGUAUAGCACAGUGUGUACAGGAUUUGAGUACGAGCGAGUGCCAGGAUUGUUUAUCGGAGGCGAUCGGACGGUUGAAAAGUGAGUGUCAAUCUUCAACUUGGGGUGACAUGUUCUUGGCCAAAUGCUACGCUCGCUUCUCGGAGAGUGGCUACUCCUCCAAAAGCGAUAAAGAAGAUGAUGACGAUGACAUGGAAAGAACCCUAGCAGUUACAAUUGGACUCAUAGCUGGUGUUGCAGUGAUAAUUGUUUUCCUAUCUUUCUUCACUAAAAUUUGUGAGGGUGAAGGUGGUAAAUGAAGAACAAUUUAGGAAAUGAUUUGCUUUGCAUAAUUUUUUGAACUUUAAUUUCCAGCUGGUUCAUUCUCUCUAACUUUCUCCUUUUGAAAAGUUUUUCUCCUUAUUUGAGGAAAACUUGGUAGGGUGUGUAAGGUGGAAAAAAGUAAAUAACGAAAGAUUCCAAAUGCUCAAUUUGUUAUCAUGUAUUUUAGUUUAUUACUUGUAAGUCUUCAAUAAGAUUUUACAAUUUAAUUUAUAUAAACAUCUUUAGAGAGGAUGGUCAUUCUUUA